ACUGACCAGGCGUCCGAACUGGUCCUAUCCUCUGAACAAUCCCCUAAUCCUUACCUUAACCACUCGAGUUGAGAUGCCUAACCCCAACCAAUCGAGCUGCUUCGUAGGGGCGGGACUUGGCGUGGCCAUAGUGGGAUUCGCAAUUUUGUACCGGUACAACUUGAGUCGGAGAACACACGUCCAGUGAAGCCCGUGUGCAGCCGUCUACAUGGUAGCCAGAGCCCGAAGUACACCGCUGUGGAGAUAGGUCUGGCUAAGCCGAAUGAAAGUAGCUGACACACGAUGGGGCUGCUCUCUGUGAGUAUCGGACCCUUCCGGAACCGAGUGUGGGCUCUGCGGACGUGGAUUCGAGACGUAUCCACUAUUUCAGCUACUUUUCGCAACGGCGACGUACUCGCGUCGAGGGCGUCACUGAUCCAAAGGACACGUGGAGGUUUAUAUCGACACAGUCUCCCCCUUGUUCGGUUACUUAGCUCAAACAAACCACCGAGAGGUUUUGAAAAGUUUUUCCCAAAGAGUGAAGAAAGCACUGGCGUCAACAAAUCAGCUGAAGAUGAAAAUAGCAAAGAGCAAGAAUCUCUUGUAAGGGAAGAGCGGGACACAAAUGAUGGCGGGGACAAAAGACAAAGAGGAGGAAAAAAGGAAGGAUCACACUGGUGGACGCGCUUCCAGGAUGAUUUUCCCCUGGAGGAAAAAACAGUGCGGUACUUUGCAAUCGGUGCUGCCGGCAUGACCUCAGCUUUUUUGUACUUUUACUUCCAAGAGACGGGGAUGCAGAUCUCCUGGAAGGACUUUGUACAGCACUACUUAAACAAAGACUUGGUUGAUCACCUAGAGGUGGUCAAUAAACAAUACGUCAAAGUAAUUCCUGCCCAUGGAGUGAACACGUCAGAAGUGAGCUAUUUGUGGUUCAACAUUGGCAGUGUGGACUCAUUUGAGCAUAACCUGAGGAUGGCACAGCAAGAAAUGGGUUUGGACUCACAGAAAGUUCCUGUAUUCUACAGCAGUGAAAGCGAUGGGGCACUCCUUUUCAGCGUUCUACCAACCUUACUGCUGGUUGGCUUUUUACUUUUUGCCAUGCGGCAGGACAUGGCAGGAGGUUCGCGAGGAAACCCCUUCAGCAUGAGUGAAACCAAAGCCAAGGUGAUAAAAGGCAACAUCGGCAUUCAGUUCAAGGAUGUCGCAGGCUGUGAGGAGGCCAAAAUGGAGAUUUUAGAGCUUGUCAACUUCUUGAAGAACCCGCGGCAGUACCAGGACCUAGGCGCCAAGAUCCCAAAGGGUGCUGUGUUAUCAGGCCCACCUGGCACUGGCAAGACCUUGCUAGCUAAGGCCACUGCAGGAGAGGCCAACGUGCCCUUCAUCACUGUCAACGGCUCGGAGUUCCAGGAGAUGUUUGUUGGCGUGGGUGCAGCAAGGAUAAGGGAUACGUUUGCCAUGGCUCGAAAAAAUGCCCCCUGCAUUCUUUUCAUUGACGAGAUUGACGCAGUUGGCAGGAAGAGAGGCAGGGGGAACUUUGGAAACCAAAGCGAGCAGGAAAACACCCUCAACCAGUUGCUUGUGGAAAUGGACGGGUUCAACAGUAGCACCAACGUGGUCGUGUUAGCCGGCACCAAUCGAGCUGAUAUCCUGGAUCCAGCUUUGAUGAGGCCAGGACGCUUUGAUCGACAUAUAUACAUAGGCCCACCAGAUAUUAAAGGCAGGGCAUCCAUCUUUAAGGUGCAUUUAAGACCUCUGAAGUUGGACACUAUUAUAGAAGUAGAGGCCUUGGCCAGGAAGCUAGCUGCGCUAACCCCAGGUUUUACUGGGGCUGAUAUUGCUAAUGUGUGUAAUGAGGCCGCUCUAAUAGCUGCCCGACGCCUCAACCAACAUGUCAAUACUAAGCACUUUGAGCAGGCAGUCGAGAGAGUCAUUGGAGGUAAAUUGGCAUGCGUUGUACAGUUUGGAAUGAAUGAGGCAGUGGGUCAGAUGUCCUUUGACCUCCCUCAGCAGGGUGACAUAGUAAUUGAGAAGCCCUUCAGUGAACCCAAAGCCCAGCUUAUAGACCAGGAGGUCCGCUUGCUUAUAGAUGUUGCCUUCCAGCGAACACUUCAGCUUGUCACCGACAAGAAAGAAAUGGUGGAGAAGGUGGCAAAACGUCUGCUAGAUAAGGAGAUUCUAGACAAAGCGGACAUGGUGGAGCUGCUAGGAAAUCGUCCCUUUGAGGAGAAGUCAUUGUAUGAGGAGUUUGUUGAAGGGCUGGGGGAAUUUGCAAAAGACACUUCUCUACCUGAAGGGCUAAAGAACUGGAACAAGAACAAAGGAAAGGAAAAACACCUGCAGAAUCAAUAAAACUAUUACUAGAUGAGAGUUUACGGUACCCUAGGAAGCUCGACAAAUACCAAGAGCUGGUGGAGAAGAGUAGGAGCUGAGGCUGGCGGGCCCUUUGUGAGCCAAUCAGAGUUGGCUGCCAGGGGUUUGUUGGGCGCUUAAUUUGCUAAGCUCUGACUGGGCUCAGAGUAACUGGAGCUGCAAAGAGGUGGGCCAUCCUCACCAUAACUGAAGCCGCAGAGAAAACCACAAGGUGGCUUUGGAUAAAAAAAGCAAGCCCAUAGAUUGGUGCUAGGGGGAUGCCAGCAAGGAUCUGAUCAACCAAGGCUGUGUUAACUGGGGAAGGGGGUAUGGUGUUGAAAGACCCAAAACCCCCAAUGACCCCAAGAGCAUCACUGAUGAUGAUCAUCCCAGUACAUCCUAGAGAUGUUUCUUGAAACCUGAAGAGUGCAAUUAUGGCUCAUUUCACUGGAGGUGCCUUAAUUCAAUGCUCUGAGGCAGUCAUACAGGGCAAUGACACUGACAAACGUACCACAGAAUAAU